GGCGGGGAACUUCGUGCCUGCAGGACCCCGCCUGCCCAGGCGCCGGCGGUGGCGCGGCCAUGAAGCUGAAGCUGAAGAACGUGUUCCUCGCCUACUUCCUGGUGUCGAUCGCCGGCCUCCUCUACGCGCUGGUGCAGCUCGUGUCCAGCUCCUCCACUAAACUGAAACCUCCAUGAGGGCAGGGACCAUGUCUGUUUGCUUUCCUAAGCUGCAUCCCGGGCACCUAAGGCAGUGCCUCCCAGGAGGAGCAUUCAAUAAAUAUUUAUCCAAUGAUGGAAUCAAUGAAUUUAAUGAGUCUUUGGUCACACAGCCAGUGGAACAGAUUGAACCCUGCCUCUUAUGCAGGGAUUUAGAGACUGGGCCACUGCAUGAUCCUCAGGUAUUUGAAAGACUGUCCUGUUUUAGGAGAUCAACUUGUUCUUUAUGGUUCCAGAAGGCAGAAUUAGGACCAGAAGGUAGAAAGGAUGGAGGCAGGUAAUCAGCUCAAUAGCCAAAUGAAAACUGUAAUGGAUGGAAUUGGUAAAGUCGGAGAGGGGCUGCUAAUUGAGGCAGUGAGCUCCCCACCACCCAAGGCAUAGAAAAGCUGUUAGAGAAGUUGUAAAGAGAGCCCUGCACUGGCUAGUUGAACAGAAGGUUAUGGCCCUUUGGGAUGCUGAACAUACUGUGGUUCUCUGCCCCCAUCCCUGCUUCCUGGGACCAGGCCAGCCAUGUGACUGCCUCUCUCCCCUGCGGGCAGCAGCAGAGCAGCUUCGGCAGAAGGAUCUGAGGAUUUCCCAGCUGCAAGCCGAUCUCCGCCGUCCACCCCCUGCCCCCGCCCAGCCCCCUGAACCUGAGGCUCUGCCUACUAUCUAUGUUGUUACCCCCACCUAUGCCAGGCUGGUGCAGAAGGCGGAGCUGGUGCGGCUGUCCCAGACCCUAAGCCUGGUGCCCCGGCUGCACUGGCUGCUGGUAGAGGAUGCUGAGGGCCCCACCCCGUUGGUCUCGGGGCUGCUGGCUGCCUCUGGCCUCCUCUUCACACACCUGGCGGUCCUCACCCCCAAGGCCCAGCGACUCCGGGAGGGCGAGCCAGGCUGGGUUCGGCCCCGAGGUGUUGAGCAACGGAACAGGGCCCUGGACUGGCUCCGGAGCAGAGGGGGUGCUGUGGCGGGAGAGAAGGAUCCACCCCCACCAGGCACCCAGGGAGUCGUGUACUUUGCUGAUGAUGACAACACCUACAGCCGGGAACUCUUUGAGGAGAUGCGCUGGACCCGUGGCGUCUCAGUGUGGCCAGUGGGGCUGGUGGGCGGCCUGCGAUUCGAGGGCCCUCGCGUACAGGAUGGCCGGGUCGUGGGCUUCCACACCGCGUGGGAGCCCAAUAGGCCCUUCCCACUGGAUAUGGCGGGAUUUGCCGUCUCCCUGCCCCUGCUGUUGGCGAAACCCAAUGCCCGGUUUGAUGCUACUGCUCCUCGGGGCCACCUGGAGAGCAGCCUCCUGAGCCACCUUGUCGAUCCCAAGGACCUGGAGCCACGGGCUGCCAACUGCACUCGGGUUCUGGUGUGGCAUACGCGGACAGAGAAGCCCAAGACGAAGCAGGAGGAGCAGCUGCAGCGGCAGGGCCGAGGCUCAGACCCAGCUGUCGAGGUGUGAUGGCGGCCCUCCACUGCCCACCAUCUCAUCAGACACAGAUCUGUGGGACUGGAUCCCUGGCCUGCCCAGGAUGUGGUUUUCCAAGUCCUGAGCCCUCAGAGCCAGGGGCGGCCCUUCUGCCCCUUCAACCCCAGGGUGUGGCCCAGCUGCUUCUCCCCUCCCCCAGCUUGCCUUGUGGCACUGCUCACAGGCUAGGGACAAGCAGCCCUUGUGUUGAGCCAGAUGGGCUUGUCUGGGGCGGAGCAGAAAACAGAGAGUCUCGGGCGGGAGGGCGGCUGAGUGACUGGGUAACUUAUUGGGGCUGGGCAUGCACUGGGGGGCUGGAGGAGCUGGGCUGGACCCUCCCCACCUGAGCAUGCUGACCCCCCCCCCCCCGCCCCAACCUCCAGAAUAAAAACUCUCAACUUGGA